UUUCAAGUCAAAUGAAACAAAGUUAAAUCAUACAGAGAUUAGAUUAUAUAUAAAGGGAAAGGGAGAUAAUUCAGAGCGAAGAAAACAAAUUCAAAAGCUUGGAAGAUGAAGAUUACUGUAAUUACUGUUGACGAGCAAUUUAUCACAGUAGAUGUUGAUCCAGAAGAAUCUGUUGAAAACUUGAAAGCAUUACUUGAAGUUGAGACGAGAGUGCCGCUUCAACAACAACAACUGCUUUUCAAUGGGAAUGAACUUAAUAACUCAAGCAAGUUAAGUUCUUUUAAUGUUAAAGAUGGAGAAUUGUUAGUUAUGAAAGUUGCCACAGCUGCUCCAUCUAGGGUAGCUAACAAUGACUUGAACAUAAAUCCGGAUGGUUCUUGUGUAAACCCUGGAGCCUUCCAGCAGCAUGUUCGCCGUGAUUCAAAUAUGAUGACACAGUUGCUUCAGAGUGAUCCCGAGCUUGCACAAGUCAUCCUUGGGAAUGAUCUCAAUAAAUUGCAGAAUCUCAUGCGAGAUCGUCACCAGCAAAGAUCUCAUUUACGACGUCAACAAGAGGAGGAACUAGCCCUGUUGAAUGCGGAUCCUUUUGAUGUUGAGGCGCAAAAAAGAAUUGAAGCUGCGAUUCGUCAGAAAGGAAUUGAUGAGAACUGGGAAGCUGCAAUAGAGCACAACCCCGAAGCCUUUGCCAGGGUGGUUAUGUUAUAUGUGAACAUGGAGGUCAAUGGCGUGCCCUUAAAGGCAUUUGUCGACAGUGGAGCACAAUCAACAAUAAUAUCUAAAAGCUGUGCUGAACGCUGUGGAUUAUUGAGACUCUUGGAUCAGCGAUACAAGGGUGUUGCUCAUGGGGUUGGUCAAGCAGAAAUUCUGGGCCGAAUUCAUGUAGCACCAAUAAAGAUUGGGGAUGUAUUUUACCCAUGCUCAUUCAUGGUACUGGAUGCUCCAAAUAUGGAGUUCCUUUUCGGGCUUGAUAUGCUGAGGAAGCAUCAGUGUAUGAUAGAUUUAAAGGAUAAUGUCUUAAAAGUUGGUGGUGGAGAGGUUUCAGUUCCAUUUUUGCAAGAAAAAGACAUCCCAGCUCAUUUUCUUGAUAGGCAAGCUUCUGAUUCAGACAUUGUUCCUGAAACAUCGGGAGCGAAAGAGGUAAAAGAUAAUAUUCCCGCUCAAGGCCAGUCAUCAGGAACUUCACAAGGUGACGUAACACAGACACCCGGCUUUGAAGCCAAAGUUACUAAGCUUGUCGAGCUUGGAUUCAGUAGGGAUGCAGUAGUACAAGCACUAAGGAUUUCGGAGGGCAAUGAAGAACAAGCUGCUGGAUAUCUUUUUGGGGGUUAAAGAUGAUAGAUUUAUUAUUUGAACAUUUAUUAAAAUUGUGUUUCUCCCCAAGUAAUUUAAAUAAAAUAUGUUUUUUCUUCAGUUAUUCAGCUACAAAUUAACAAAUUAAAUUCAAAUGAAAAAAACAUUGUUAUGAUUCAAA